GCCGGGUCCCCGCCCACGGUCCCGGCCGCAGGUGCCAGGAGCCCGAGGGGGGCCGCGCCUAGGCGCGCGGGGCUGGGGACCGUCAGGCGCCCGGACUGCGCUCCCGCCUCUGCCUCCGCCUCCUCUUUGUAGCGAGUCCCCGGUCGGUCCUCCCCGCCCCCCGCGCGGCCCGCCGCCCGCCUUUCUUCCUGCCUCGCCUUCCUGCGGCGCGGCGGCCUCAUCUAUUAUAGAUGCUCGGCCGCGGCUGACAUCAGCCAGCGGCCUCCCGAGCGCGCGGUCCCCAGCCCGGCCCAGCCGCCCGCCACCGCCCGCGCCCAGCCCCGCCGCCCGCUUUCUGUAUGACUGUCACAAAGAUGUCCUGGCGACCGCAGUACCGCAGUUCCAAGUUUCGGAACGUGUAUGGGAAGGUGGCCAACAGGGAGCACUGCUUUGACGGGAUCCCCAUCACCAAAAAUGUACAUGACAACCACUUCUGUGCAGUCAAUGCCCGUUUCCUGGCCAUAGUGACCGAGAGCUCGGGAGGUGGCUCCUUCCUCGUCAUCCCGCUGGAGCAGACAGGCAGAAUCGAACCAAACUACCCCAAGGUAUGCGGUCAUCAAGGCAACGUGCUGGACAUCAAAUGGAACCCCUUUAUUGACAACAUCAUCGCCUCUUGCUCAGAGGACACUUCGGUGCGGAUCUGGGAGAUCCCUGACGGUGGACUGAAGCGGAACAUGACCGAGGCCCUCCUGCAGCUCCACGGACACAGCCGCCGCGUGGGGCUGGUUGAAUGGCACCCCACGACCAACAACAUUCUGUUCAGCGCUGGCUAUGACUACAAGAUCCUCAUCUGGAACCUGGACAUAGGCGAGCCAGUGAAAAUGAUUGACUGCCACACCGACGUCAUCCUCUGCAUGUCCUUCAACACGGACGGCAGCCUGCUCACCACCACGUGCAAGGACAAGAAGCUUCGCGUGAUUGAACCCCGCUCUGGGCGUGUUCUGCAGGAGGCAAACUGUAAAAACCACAGAGUGAACCGGGUAGUGUUCCUGGGCAACAUGAAACGACUCCUCACGACAGGCGUCUCCAGGUGGAACACAAGACAGAUCGCCCUCUGGGACCAGGAGGAUCUGUCCAUGCCAAUGAUCGAGGAAGAAAUUGAUGGACUCUCAGGCCUCCUGUUCCCAUUCUAUGAUGCUGACACCCACAUGCUCUACCUAGCUGGAAAGGGGGAUGGGAACAUCCGGUACUAUGAGAUCAGCACGGAGAAGCCCUACCUGAGCUACCUCAUGGAGUUCCGCUCCCCAGCCCCACAGAAAGGCCUAGGUGUCAUGCCCAAGCACGGGCUGGAUGUGUCUGCCUGUGAGGUCUUCCGCUUCUACAAGCUGGUGACGCUCAAGGGCCUGAUUGAACCCAUCUCCAUGAUUGUGCCCCGGAGGUCAGAUUCCUACCAGGAGGACAUUUACCCCAUGACACCAGGCACAGAGCCAGCGCUGACCCCCGACGAAUGGCUGGGAGGCAUCAACCGAGAUCCCGUGCUGAUGUCUCUGAAGGAAGGCUAUAAGAAGUCUUCAAAAGUGGUAUUUAAGGCCCCCAUCAGAGAAAAGAAGAGCGUUGUCGUCAACGGCAUAGAUUUAUUAGAAAAUGUCCCUCCCAGGACAGAGAAUGAGCUCCUCAGGAUGUUCUUCAGGCAGCAGGAUGAGAUUCGGAGGCUGAAGGAGGAGCUGGCACAGAAGGACAUCCGCCUCCGUCAGCUCCAGCUCGAAAUGAAAAACCUGCGCAACAACCCCAAGAACUGCUAGCCCCGCCUCGGGCUGUGUUAGCCCCGCCUCGGGCUAUGCUAGCCCCGCCUCGGGCUGGUUUCCAAGCCGAUCUCUCCGUUGUUUCUACUGGUCCCUAAACUGCCUCUUAUCUGUAGAGCCCAGAUACUGGGCCUGGACUGAAGCUGGGGACCAGCUGGUAGACCCUACCUACCACCUCAAGAACUGGAAGCUGACCUUUGACCUCCUGACUUCAUGCUAACACCAGUCCCCCAGCCUCUCCUGGAAAGCCCACCCCUGACUGGCUGAGCUUUUCCUUGCAGCCCCAGAGUCGGGCUUCCCCCUUGGCUCCCUGCAGGUCUCCUCGGAGGGACAGGAAGAGUGGGAUUACAGCCUGAUUUAGAACUUGAAUUUGUCCCGUGCAGAGGGGCUGCCAGAACCUGUCUACACAGAAGCCAGUCGCUCUGGCCCCAGCAUUAUUUCUGAAGCACAGUGAGGGCUGGAUGGAGGGGAGACGCUCCGCCCACCUCCUGCCUCCUGCCUCCUGCUGCCGAGCGAGCGAGGGAGCCCGGGUCAUCUCACCCAGUGGUGAGCACCUGGCAGCCAGCCCUUUUCUUUCUGAACGCUCUCCCACCCCCUUUGUCUUCAGGGAAUGAAGAGGACGCUCUCCAAGGCCAUAAUGACCCUUUGCCUCCCCUGUGGUUCUCUUCAAAGCUCUUUUACACCCCCUUUCCAUUUAAUUUGUGAAGCAGGCAGGGUAGGGAUUAGUGUCCCCACUUGUCAAGUGACAGAACCGAGGGGUCACUCAGAGGGUCAGACGCAGACCAAGUACCCUUGGUAUCUGGACCCGGCGGCCAGGGCCCUCCCUUCCCAUUGUGUUGAGAUGCCAAUCCCUUUGUGGGCUUCCACAGAAUGAGACCUGGAAGCCGCUUCCACACUGUCUGCCCAACACCAGUAGUGCCAACAUGCCAUACUGCCGGGUGGAGGCGCUCACACUCAGUGCCCCCUGGGCCCUCCUGGCCUGCACUCCUUGCCCUCACCCCCUUCAGGGGGCGCCAUCUGACGUGAGGCCUCUUCCUGGAAGCUGAGGCAGAGAAAGGGUAGAGCUUGGCCCAAGGGCAGGCACAGCAAGAUGGCUUCCGGGAUGCUCUGCCUGGGUCUCCCUCCACUCCCCGCCCCCUUCCCACUCCCCGCCCAGCUCUCUCAGCCACUUUCAGCCUUACACACGCAGGAUGACCACAGCCACUCCACCCACAUAGCACUUUAAAGUUUACCCAGUUUUUUGACACAUAGAUCUCACCGACUCGUGCAUCUGCCCUACUUUACAGUGAGGGAAACCCGGGACGUGGCCCUCUGCACGCAGCUCUGGGAUGCUGCAUCUCUUUGGUCGUCUACACGCUUGCUUUAUCCCCUCCACCCUCCCUCGUUCCAUUCCCCACCUAACACGUGGAGCUCAAAAGCACUGGUGUCAGGACAGUCGCCGCCAUCUGGGCAGAGGAGAUGUGGGGAUCUCCGUCAUUGGCUGGGAUCGCUAGACAUAAGACACUUCUUUCCCGCCCUUCCCAUGGCUACCCUGCAAAACUUCCCAACUGCAGAGGCCCCGGGGCCGGGGUCGGGGCCAGCGAGCUGAGGUGAGGUUCCCCAGCCCCCGGGCCUCUCCUCUCCAAGCACUGAUGCUCCCAGCUUGCAGCGUGCUGAAGCGAGUUCUCCUCCUGCAGCACCACAGCCAGACUGUCAGCUCUUGUCUCCCCUCCACACUUCUGGAAUUUUCUUUCUUUCCAUUGACCUUUGUGGUCUUCUGUGAUUAUUUAUGCUGCCUCCCAAGGAUAGAAUUGAAAUAAAAUGUUUUCAAGUUAUCAAGCCAA